GUUUUUUCUAGUCGUAAAUAAUAUAUCUCAAACACAUAUCUGCACUGUUUUAUAGAAAAAAAACUGGGAAGUAAUCUGGGUUUAAAUGGUGUUUUUUCUGACCGGGAUUCAGCGUUUCCUCCCUGCUUAUUUGUGGAGAAACGACCAAACUGAUCCCAGAUCGGUGUUUCUCAGCCCCGCAGACAAACUGACGUCAGCCAGGGAGACAAACAGGAUGGGCUGGUGAUGUGGGGGCAGACAGGUAAAGGUGAUCUGCUCCGUCGUGCCUACUUCUCAGGGAAGCAUAGCGACGUGUUGGUGACUCCUUUUUUUCUCCAUUUUGAGCCGACCGCAUAACCAAGAAAAUGGUGAAGCACGAGCAGGAGACAGUCAACCGGCCUGACAACACCGCCUUCACUCAGCAGAGGCUUCCAGCCUGGCAGCCCAUGCUCUCUGCCGGCAUUGUCAUCCCAGGGUUUGUCAUCAUUGGUCUGGCAUUCAUUGGCAUUGGCGUCGCUCUCUUUGUCACUUCAAGGAGUAUUCAAGUGUUGGAGAUUGACUACACCGGGGUUGAGCAAAACUCACCAUGCUUUAAGUGCUCUGACCCAAACUUGAAGAACUGUAAGUGCCAGCUGAACUUCAGCAUCAACAGCCUGUUUAAGGGGCCAGUAUUCUUUUAUUAUGGUUUAUCCAACUACUUCCAGAACUACAGGAGGUAUGGUGUGUCCAAAGAUGAUAACCAGCUGUCUGGAGACCUGGAAUACUUUACGAGUCCCAGUGACACCUGCGCUCCCUAUGAGUAUGACAGCAAGAAUACACCAAUUGUACCUUGUGGAUCAGUAGCAAACAGCAUGUUCAAUGACACCUUCAAGCUGUAUCGGAUCGUGAAUGGUGCAGAGGAGCUGGUGCCCUUAGAUGGAAAAGGGAUUGCUUGGUGGACAGACUACAACAUCAAAUACAGAAACCCUUCCAUCACACCUCUGAAGAACGCGUUCAAUGGUACAGUGAAACCCAUAUUUUGGUCCAAACCUGUUUACGAGUUGGACCCCUCAGACCCUGCUAACAACGGCUUCAUCAAUCAAGAUUUCCUGGUGUGGAUGAGAAGGUCUGCCUUGCCAGAUUUCAGAAAACUGUAUCGACGAAUCACAGAGGGGGAUUACGCAGAGGGCCUGCCAGCUGGAAACUACUCCCUCAAAAUUGCCUACAACUAUCCUGUCCUGAGCUUCGAUGGCAGAAAGAAGGUGGUGUUUAGCAACGUGUCCUGGAUGGGUGGCAAGAAUGAGUUCCUGGGCAUUGCCUACCUCGUGAUUGGCUCGUUGUGUGUCUUCAUGUCCAUAGUCAUGCUCAUCGUCUAUGCUAAAUUCAAGUUCCCUGAGGAGGAAUGAGUUCUUGUUCACGAACUGUGGUUGAAUGGGGUAUUUAUUUUCUCUAUCAACUUUUUUUUUUUUUUUUUUACUUAAUCAGAUGGUGAACACAGAGUUCAGUGCUCACAGCUAGAAUCAAUCAAUGAACUGAAUUCACAUUUGUUAUUCUGGACAUGAAGAUCGUCUCCUCAGGUGCAACAGAAGCCUGCUGUCAUUUUGUGAGGCAGGACUCUUCUGGAGUUUCCCCAUUGACUGCAAAAUAGCUUUGUGAACACUGUGAGAUGAUAUUCUUGCAGUAUAUGUAUUUUUCUGCAAGCACAUCUAUGAAAUUGGGCUCCUCUGAGUGCAAAACACAGCAAAGUCAGCUAACCUUCAUGGAACAGCUUUAAAUAAUGCCUCUUGCUGGUAUCUCAUAUUUAAAUGACCAUAAGCCAAGUCCGAAAUCACAUUGAUAAUGUAUUUUAAUCCUGUUGUAAAUAUAUCUACGGGAGGUAGAGGUAGAGUGAAAGUAGAAUGGAUAUGCAAAGUGCUCAGGCUGAUAUUUGGCAGACAAAGAGACAUACAGCUUAGGCUCCUUGUAAAGGCACUCUUUGUUGGGUUUUUUUUUUUUUAUUAUUUUACAAUACUUGGAUAUAGCAGGGUCAGUAAUAGUAACAAAGCCAUUAAGCCAUUUGACACUCAGCAACAAGUUACAUUUGAAGUGUGUGAAAUGUGUAACAUAACUUGAAAAUGAAUGCUGUAAAAAUCGGGAAUAAACUGUUCUUACUCAGGGAUCUGGUGUACAAGCUAUACAAGCUCAUAUUUUAGGAACUUCUAUGUUUCAGUUUUAACUGUUUGUUUCUGAGAUUUUACUUCAUGUUAAUAUUUAUAUAAUAAAACAACACAAAAACCA